AUGGCGCCCAAGAAGCCCUCCACGACGGCGGAAGUCGCUCUUGUUCCUUUGAAGAACUGCCUUGUCAAUCUCCCGCCGUCGCUGGUCUCCUUGCUGGUCAAUGCGGAUACGACUGCACAGAAUGUCAUAAUCGAAUUGCAAUACAAGUCUCCGACUGGAAAAGCGAAUGGAGCUCCGCCAGAGCGAUCAUGUUACUUGGGAUGGACGGGCAUGCCGAGCAAGCGAAGGCUUGCGCCGGUAGUAAGCCGCGACGGCAUCGGCGCCGGCUACUCUAGAGAACAAGAGAUCUCAACCGUGGAGCUGGACACAACAUUUGGAAGACUUCUAAGCCUUACAGAGGGACAGAAGGUCGGACUACUUGUACAUCUUGACCCGCCCGUCGCGCAUACGAUCAAUAUCGAGCCAUUGACCCCAGAGGACUGGGAGAUCAUUGAACUCCAUGCCACAUUUUUGGAACUCAAUCUCUUAUCACAGAUCCGAGCUCUUCCCAAUCCUUCCUACGCCACGGCGCAAUCGGAGCAUAUGCACCCGCUUGCACUCCACCUCUCCCCCACAUCUACUGCGAAUAUCGUCGUUACCUCCCUCGACCCCACCCCAUCAACAACUUCUCCGUUUGCAAAGAUUGCGCCCGAUGCAGAGGUCAUUGUCGCGCCGAAAGUCCGAUCGAAGCCCGGUAAACAAUCUCGUGGUGACAGUCGGAGUAACGCUGGGAGUAGUAGAAAGAGCACUGGCGGACGAAGUGCUUCGAGUACGGUUCGCCAGAAGAAUCGGUCUGACUCCAGCAGUCGAGGCGCUCUCUACCUUCGCGGCGUUGACCGCGGGGCUGCAGAUGAAUUGUUCGAGACUGAAAUAGAAGAGGACGAGAACGAUGGACUUCGCGUUUGGGUGGAUCCAGAACUACUGGCGUCACAAGAACUGCGGGGUGCGAGCUGGGCAUGCGUCUCAAUUGUACAGCCUUCAGGUCUUAAGCCCCCGGUAGAUCCCCAGCAGCAAUUGGCCCAACAGGAACAGAAAUCUCAAGAGGCGGGCUCUCCUACUACUAAGUUGGUGGCUAAAUUGCUUCCCUGGGAAGAUGCUCCUGAUAGUCGACACGCAGCGAUGUCUACUUUACUCUGCACGGCCCUUGGUGCAGAGAAUAUGGUGGGAGGAGUCGUGCGCGUGGAAGCUGCUCCGCCACAAUUGCAUCGCUCAGCGGUGAAGACACUCAAGGUGUACCCGUUCAUCGCGGAUGCUUACAAGAAGAAAGAUGGGCUCAAGUUCGGAUCUGAUACUGCUGCGUCUCGAGAUGCCUUAGCUGAGCGUCUGAAGGUCAUUUAUGGCAGUACUGGUUCCGACAUCGGUUUGUUUUCUGGCCCAUUGACUGAUGGCAUGGUUCUUCCUAAGGUCGAAAACCAUCCUUCGGUUUCUUCAUUUGAUGGUGCUAUCUUACGUUUUGACCCUCCUCUGAAAGGAGGGGCUGACGAGACCAAGACCAUGUUUGGAUGGCUUCUGGGCUCUGAAGCUAUCCUCAACAUCGAGGUUCAGGCUGACAUUCCCAGGCCAUCUGGCUCGGGCUCAUCUGCCCUGCCCACGGAUGAUCCUCUCUCAGAUACUGUCCCUCACCUCGUUGGGAUUGACAAGUUGAUCUCCCAGUCUCUGUCAAACUUGACAAAAUCAUCAUCUAUUUUAUUGACCGGAGGCCUUGGCUCUGGAAAGACAGCGCUUGCACAACUUCUGGCCCAUCGCCUCCGUAAAGAUCAUCUUUUCAACGUCAAGUAUUUCUCUUGUCGCAAGUUGGUGACCGAUGAGACUCGUAUUUCAAACAUAAAAGAGGUCUUGAAUCGCCUUUUUAUGUCUGCUUCUUGGUGUGCUCGUCUCGGCGGACAAGCGGUUGUAGUCCUUGAUGAUCUUGACAAGCUUUGUCCCAUGGAGACUGAGAUGCAAGUCGGUGGAGACAACGGACGCAGCCGCCAGAAUAGCGAGGUCAUUUGCUCUAUGGUUCGAGAGUAUUGUUCUAUGAAUUCAUCAGUGGUACUGUUGGCUACGGCACAGGCUAAGGAAUCCCUCAAUAAUGUUAUUAUUGGUGGUCAUGUUGUUCGAGAGAUCAUCAACGUGAGAGCCCCUGAUAAGGAAGGUCGUCGCAAGGUGCUGGAGACACUCACUAGCCAAGACAAACCUACUCGGGCUUUGAAUGGUCAUCAACGUACAACAAGUACUUCCACUCAAGACUCAUGGCUUGAUCCUUCAAAUCCUGGCAGUCGGCCCAGUUCUUCAGGUGGCGAUGGCUUUGUUUUAAGCCGAGAUCUAGAUUUCCUUGAGCUUGCUGGAAAGACCGACGGGUAUAUGCCGGGCGAUCUUGUACUAUUAGUAGCUCGAGCUCGCAACGAGGCACUCAUCCGCUCUGUCCAGGAUUUGUCUGCGGAGUCCAAGAUGAUUACUCUGGGCUUCGAUGAUUUUGAAAGUGCCUUGAAGGGCUUCACGCCCGCUUCUCUCCGCAACGUGACCCUCACUUCAUCUACGACAACUUUCUCGGCAAUUGGCGGUCUUUUCGAGACUCGCAAAAUGCUGCUGGAGACCCUGCAAUACCCAACUAAAUAUGCGCCCAUUUUCGCUCAGUGUCCCCUACGACUACGAUCUGGUCUCCUACUGUAUGGAUUCCCAGGUUGUGGUAAAACCAUGCUAGCUAGCGCAGUGGCAGGUGAAUGCGGCUUGAACUUUAUCAGCGUCAAGGGUCCCGAGAUUCUGAACAAAUACAUCGGUGCCAGUGAGAAGAGUGUUCGCGAUCUCUUUGAACGAGCUCAAGCAGCUCGUCCGUGCGUGCUAUUCUUUGAUGAAUUUGACAGUAUCGCCCCUAAGCGUGGUCACGAUUCCACUGGUGUCACUGAUCGUGUUGUCAACCAGCUUCUUACACAGAUGGACGGAGCGGAGGGUCUCUCGGGAGUCUAUGUUCUCGCGGCGACAUCUCGCCCUGAUCUGAUUGAUCCGGCUCUUCUUCGCCCUGGACGUUUGGACAAGUCUUUGCUUUGCGAUAUGCCAUCACAUGCAGAUCGCAUUGACAUCAUUCGGGCGGUCAGCUCAAAACUGAAGAUGAAUGACGAGGUUGCUUCUCGCUUGAAUGAGAUCGCCGGCGAGACGGAAGGAUUCUCCGGUGCUGACAUCCAGGCAGUGGUGUAUAAUGCCCAUUUGGAGGCAGUGCAUGAUGCACUUGGUGACCGCACCGCCGAAGCGACCAAGCCCAACGCCAAGUCAGGCGCCACAAAACCGUCACCUUCGAAUACAUCCAGCAGAUCCUUCAUCCAAUUUCUCUACUCUUCCUCCGAGGAGGCGUCCGGGAAAGUCACGAUGCCCCCUCCAGCCGUGGUUGCAGCCAAACUGGAUGCAAUCAAAAACUCCCGUCGCCGCCAACGCCAACUUGAGAAUGGCGGCGCCUCAUCUGGGACUUCUUCCGUUUCAGCUCCUGCAACUAACGGGGCCGACGGCUCUGCCGAUGAGCUCCGUGAUGAAAUUAUUGUCCGGUGGGAACAUAUUGAGCGAUCGCUCAAGAGCACCCGCCCCUCGCUUAGCCCUGCAGAACGCCGUCGCUUCAAUGGAAUUUAUCGAGAGUUCGUGGUUGGGCGAAACGGGGAAAUGCCCAAUGGUGAAGCAGGAAAUGAAAUUGGAGGUCGCACAAGCUUGAUGUGA